AUGGAAAAGAAGCAGAGUGGCCGACGGGGGGACAACAUGAUGCGGGAUGGUUGGGGUCUCAGCAUGGUGACCGUCAAGGUUUCUGACGUCAGCCCCCUUCGCAAUGGGGCGCAAAGCCCAGGGUCGACCGUCGCGCAACUCAGGUCUCAGCAACUCUUUUGCUUUCGUUCGGCCUGUCCGGGCGUCAUGACGGCCGCCAAGACGCCGUUAAAGCUUGUCUACCGAGUACAAAACGUGAACUUUGUUGCCUGGACCAUGGACGGACAGCGAAUGAAUUGUGGAAGGGCAAUGAAGAUGGUUGUGUCGUUAUCAAAAAAGACUACAAGGCCAGAAUCGCUUGGAGCCCAAUCUCUGAGGCAAUGUGCAAUUUGGUGUUGUUGGGAGCAGUGGAAGGGUGAGAAGAGGUUGCGGGGGAUGGGGCCUGAUGUGGUCAUCCUCUUGGCUCAACGGUGCUUUGUUCUGGAGAGCCGGACGGAAUGA